GAGCGCAGCCUCACGGGGCAUUGCGAGUUGCAGCUGGACGCUGAGGAUGAAGUGGCGCUGGACAUUCAUCAGUGCAUUCACGUCAAGGAGGUCACCUCGCAGGGCUGCAGGCUCAACUUUCAAGCGGAAGAUUCCGCCCUGACUGUGAAGCUGGACAGGGCGAAGCUGGCCUCACUGCAGAUCGACUUUGUGGUGACCCCCGGCUCUCCAGCGCUGCUGUGGCUGGAGGACGGCCAGCUGGUCGUCGCCCAGGAGAUGGGACAAUUCUCCUUCGGCACUUGCUGUUUCAUGCCUGCAGCCCCUUGCUUCGAUGCAGUGUUCACCUUUGAGCGCUGCUGUUUGGUGCCGUCCUCAGAGAUUCAGGCGGAGCUGUCCGGGUUCCAAGCGCGCUGGGGCGUGAGGUUGGGCGAACACCGCGUCGCGAAGGUCCGGUGCACAUCACCUCUCUGCAAGCGGAAGGCGUUGCCUAAGCAUAGGCAGAGGAGGUUGCAAACCUUUGCCCUGCAAAAGCUGGAUGGCGUGUGGCGGAGAUUCACCGCCACGAAGCAUGACAACACCAUUGGGGCGCUGGGCGAGCUGCUGGCUUUCUACGUGCUGCGCGUGGCGUGGCAGGGCGGUCAAAGAACCGCCCCGUUCGAUCCCGCGAGGAGUCCAGGCGCAGCACAGCUGGCGCGCAAGGAGAAGCGAGUUUGGAAGAAGCUGCGUGAGACCGUGCUUUCAAAGCGGCGGGGGCAGUAUGAAGUGUGCGCCUGUGCAGGCACAGGCUAUGAUAUGAUCAUGGCCAUGAGGGACAACAUCAAGAGGCUCUGGCUGUACCACCCGAACUUCUCCCGUUGGGUGGCCAACCCCUCCGAGCAGGCGCACCACCUGUCGCUCCUCCAGUCCUGCACGGAGGAGGCGGCCGAAACCGCGCUGUCGGACUUCCGCCACGCCAUCGCGCGGAGCAACUGCGUGGCCAGCGAUGUGGCGACGAACAUCGCGGUGGCGCAGGCCUGCGCCCUGCAGCGCCACUGGGCGCGGGCGGCGGAGCUGUACUUCUUGUCCUUCGCGCUGGUGGUGAUGGCCCCGUGGGCGGACUGCUUGAACCUCGCGGUGUGGGAUAUGACUGCGGAUGAUGUGGUUUUCAACGCCGCGCGUGCCAUGAACCUGGCGACCAAGUCGGCCAUACUGUCGCCGGCAGCUGCGGUGGGAACUUUGGCCUGGCGCCGCAGCCCCUAUGCCCUGGUCCCUCCCGAGGGCCAGCGCUGCGAUGGCCCGGCGGUGCUCGACGGUAUCUGCCUGGCCGAGGGAAAGAUCUGGGUGCCGCCCGGGAGCGGCAGAAGCGUCAGACACGCGCUGUGCACGGAAUUCGGGGCCAUGGACGGGUCAGCGUGGGUGGGAGAAAGUGGCGGAAUUUGGGAGAGAUUGCAGAACGGCACUGCGCGCAGCGAUCGCCGCCUAUUUCUUCUGCCGGUGGGGACGCCGUAUCCCAACAUCUGGCAUGCACUUCAUUGGUGGGUCCCCUCCGUAGCAUUGAAAGAGGAACUUCGCUGGAACCCUGGCGAUGUGCAGCUGGGCAUUGUGUUUGACAGCAAGCCCCGCAAUGGGAUUGCCCGCUGGAGAGUUGAUCAUCCAGAGUCCGAAGACGUGAAGUCGUUUCUCGCUUUUCAUGGGCCGGUCUUGGCAGCUCUUUCUUCCCAACCCGUGCUCUUCAUCGCCCACACGAAAGCAGCUCCGCACUGCUUUCGCCAUGGAACGGUGGGUUUCAGGUCCUUCCGAUACGACAUGAAGCAGCCCCAGCUGGGCCUCCAUCACAUCGCUCUCUUCCGGCACGCUCUGGCGCCAAAGCGGGCGAAGCGCGCGGAGUAUGUGCUCCUGGUGAGGCGCGCGGCGGGGCCGCGGCACGUCGACUUGGGGCCUUUGGAGCGGCAGCUGCAGCCGCUGGCGGCGCGGCUCGCCGGCGGUUUGCGCAGCAGGGGCCUGGAGAAGCUGCCGCUGCUCGGGCAGCUGGCGCUGGCAAACCAGGCCCGGGUCCUGGUGGGCGCCCAUGGCGCUGGUCUCGCGUGGAUGGUGGCCAUGGAGCCAGGCUCCGCGGUGGUGGAGCUCAUGCCGUCGGGUUUGCCCGGCUACGUGGUCUGCGUGGAGAGCUGGGACCAGCCGCGGAAUCUGCGGCACAGCAUCUACGGCGGCUUGGCCCACCUUGCGGGGCAGCACCACGCCUGCGUGCGCGGCAACGCGACGGAAGCCGCAGGAGAGAUCGAUUUCAGUUACGAGAUCGAGAACUUCCGGGAGAAGACCAUCGUGCUGCCUGUGGGCAAGGUGCUGCGUCGAAUCGUAGAGGCAUCCGUGACCUUCGGUCGCGGUACUCGCUCUCCAUCUGGGUUCCCGAGGGCAUGGCUGUUGCGGCGGCCGGGGCACAGCUUAAGGAGCGUGGAGGAGUGGUUUCAGCUUGUACCGGACCUGCUGUCGCGGAAGGCCUGGACGCUGGCGUGCGCGAGGAACCAAGCACAGCUCUUCCACAAGGAGUGCCCCUGGGGUGGGCGACUGGGGAAGAUCGAGCUGGAGGGCAUCGACUUAGAGGGUGCUGUGGUCUUGCGGCCUGAGGUGUGGCAGUCCUACCUCCAGCUGCACCCGGAGCAGGGCAUGCGCUCGGAGCUGCAAGAACUGAUUGGUCCAGGGGAAGCCAUCCUUCGCAUCUCGGUGGACUGGAUGCCCUGCCGGCAGACCAACGCGCUCUUUGGGAAGUUCGAGGACUGCCUGGACCUCAGCUGCUUUCGUGGCGCGCCCAUGCGAUGCAACAGCUCCAGAGACUUCCCGCAGCCGGGGGACAGCGGCUUGACGGUCCAGGAGGCCACCGGGCCUGGCGUCCAGCGCCUGGCGUGGCUGCGCCCCGAAGCUCACAGAGGCAAGUGUCGCAUGGUUCUGGGCUGGUGGAUGCCGGAGGAUGAAUUCGGCCUUUGGGCCACCUUCAGCUUCCUUCAGUUCCUGGACUUGGUGAAGAAGUCCUACCUCCGCUUUUUCCAACUCCUCACUGCCAAGCAGGCCAUAACGCUGGAAAGGGAGUUCUACCUGUGCCUCACCAUGAAGCACUUCCAGGGUGGCAACCCCUUGGUGCCGGCAGCGCGGUGUGGAUCCGAUUCCUGCGUGGAUGUUUUGAGGCAUUGGGAACACUUUGGUGGAGCGUUUGUCUUGGCAGACUACCUCAAGGUGUUUCUGGCGCGCCUGGGCGAGGAGCUUUGCAUCUUCGAUUCCAUGGACGGGCGCCAGCUCGCACCCCACCAGUGCCUAGUUCGUAGGGGCCAGUGGCAGCAGGUCAGAGGACGAUUCUGGGCGGCGUUUCGGGCACAAGGAGCCGCGUACCGCCGCUGCAACGGAGGACGCAAUGCCCCUGCCAUUUGUGAAGAUGACCAGCCAGAGCUCCUCAGCUUACGAAGGCCGCAGGGACCUGCGCAAACAGUCCAGGCGAUGCUCAUCAUUCGCAAGACCUUCUGGCAUGCCCAGGCGCCUUCCAGAUCUUUGAGACGGCGCCACACCGUGUCCUUGCCCCUGCGCGCACCUCGGGAAACCGAUCCCGUGGAACUGACAGCACGUCCGGCACGUCCGGAGACUUUCGAAAUGCGCCGCUGCUGCAUGAUGAUGUCUCACGAGAUCGUGUCAUUACUAGGCAUAGCUGCAGCGGCUUUGUACAGUGCGCUACAGACCGCGAUCGAGCGGCUUGAUUUCAAUUCUGCAUCAGAAUUGGGUGACGGCAAGACUGAGGACCACACAAAGAUCCAGGAGGCAACCUUGACGGCUACCGUCACUUUGCCUUUCGCAUCGAUCAGCCAGUGCUGUCCCACUCUGUGGCCUUUGUCAUGGGCGACCUCCAGCAGCACCCAGGUGGCUUGGCAACGCUGCUGGGACAGGGCGAGUCGCUACAGCCUCAGCAAAUUCAGAAUACAAGCCGGGCGCCGAGAAGAGCUGGCCUGGGCCUGA